AUGACCCCAACAGGUUUCUAUACGUUAGAGAAUGGCGCUUUAGAGCUGCUACAGAAUCUUUAUGAAAGCGUGAAAGAUAACGACAGCGGUAAAUCUUCCUCCCCCACACCUGUGUAUCUGGGCGACUCGCGCCGCGAAAACCUCAUUGGGUCGAAAGCGGACCCCGUGCAGCAUAAGGGCAUCCGCCUGCAUGAUUGGGUCAUUGGUUCUCAUAAGAGUCAUAUUACGCCUAUCGACGCGAUGGACGAAAUCGGCGAGGUGGCCAAACUGACGCCACCAGAGAUGGUGUUCGGCAAGAAUCAGCUGCUUUUGUUUCAUGAACCAUCCGGCAUAGCCUACAAUUUUCUAGCCGUUGAAGCUCUUAAAGGCGCGCACUUCCCUCCACCGAUCAGUGACGCGGCAAAAGACAUUGUGGCCAACAAGCAGCUCAAAGUCUCUAUUGCCAAGCACGAUCACAGCAAAGAAGAGGUGAGAGAACUAGAUAUCUCUUACGACUGGACGUAUUCUACAAACUAUAAGGGCUCAUUGCAGCGCCUGAUCAAGUCGGAGAAUCACUCCACCACGUUGAUAAGAAGCAUAAAAGACGUGCAGUUGGAGACUGCACAAGAGCGUAUAGACAUCGAAAAGCUUAAAGAGCGCGAACCUAUUCUUUGGUUCGACGACGUCGCGCUCUAUGAGGACGAGCUUCACGACCACGGAGUUUCUGCCAUGUCAGUGAAAGUGCGUGUGAUGCCGUCAGGCUUCUACGUGCUGUCGCGUUUUUGGAUGCGUCUAGAUCACGUUGUUAUACGGCUGCACGAAACACGAAUUCACCACCUUUUCGGUAAUGAUUUCUUUUUGCGCGAGUACACUCGCAAGGAGGAGCAAUUUGACUCGCUAUUUGCUCAGGGGCAAUCGAAAAACAUGGCAAAUUAUACUAAUAUUGACACGUUUCAGCAUUUGUUGCCCGUGCGUGAAGCCAUGUACGAAAAAGUUCUACUCCAGUGA